AAAUGGAAAUAAAAUUAAAAAAAUGAAAUGAAAUGACAAAAUGAAACAAACCAAACCAAAAUUGAAUAAUAAAAUCAAACUGAAAUGCAACUUGACAUCACAAAUAGUCAAAAAAUUAAAUAGCAAAUUUAAAUUAAAAUGCAAAAAUAAAGUAAAAUGGCAUUAAAUUACAAAAUGACAGAUGAAAUCAAAUUAAAUUUUAAAAUAAAACAAACGCAAACUGAUAUUAUAAAUAGUAAAAAUAAAGAAAUAAAAUGACAAAAUGAAAUAAAAUAAAAUAAAUAAUAAAUUAAAAUAAAACAACAACAUAAAAUAAAAUAAAAUGUUUGUGUGUGUGUGUGUGUGUAUGUAAUGUUAUCACACUGGGAAUUAUCACACUUGUAUUAAACAGCAUAUUAUAAGCAUAUAUAAACACUAAAAUAUUAAAUACAUAACUCAACUCAAAUGCUUGCUAUGCUAUAUUUGUACAUGUAAUUAAAAAAAAUAAAAAUACAAAUCUUUAGCCCAGUCUUUCUUAAGAAGAACACAAAGUUGAGAAGAAUACAAGUUAGAUUGCUGUUGUUGUAUAAUUAAAAAUACAACGUUUUUAAAAGGUGAGCCUUUAUACACAAAGAUAUGAAAUAAAUGCAAUAAAGUAAAUGAACAACAGCGUCCUCCAUUCACUCAUCGGUGUGUAUGACGUCACGCAGCUGCACGCCAAACAAACAGCGUAGUGGCACCGAGCGCGUGAGGGGAGGGACUGACAGCGCUCUGCUAAUCCUAUUGUGUCUCGCGCAGCCGGUGCGCGAGGUGCUGCUGUGCGGAGCGGUGGGGAACAUUAGUAGGAUUUAUUUCUGCAGUAGGCUACUCUGAAUCCAUACGCAUGUAACAGCCACCCGCAACUGGACGCAAAAGGGGGGCGACAGGGAGCGAAUGACAUCCAACCAUGAGACAUAUCUACUUAUGGCCAGCACACAGAAUGACAUGGAGGAUUGGGUGAAGAGCAUCCGCAGGGUCAUAUGGGCUCCGUUUGGAGGAGGAAUCUUUGGUCAGAAGUUGGAAGAGACGGUUCGAUAUGAACGUCGUUAUGGCAAUAAGAUGGCACCCAUGCUGGUGGAGCAGUGCGUGGACUUCAUCCGCCACUGGGGUCUACGAGAAGAAGGGCUCUUCCGUUUGCCCGGACAAGCCAACCUCGUCAAAGAGCUUCAGGAUGCUUUCGACUGUGGGGAGAAACCAUCUUUCGACUGUAACACAGACGUUCACACCGUGGCAUCUUUGUUGAAGCUGUACUUGAGAGAACUGCCUGAGCCGGUCAUCCCGUUUUGUAAAUACGAAGAGUUUCUGGCCUGCACCAAACUCCUCAGCAAAGACCAGGAUGCAGGAAUGAAGGAAUUAAGAAGGCAUGUAGAAGGUCUACCUCCGGUAAACUACAAUCUGCUUAAGUACAUAUGCAAGUUUUUGGAUGAAGUUCAGUCCUACUCAGGUGUGAAUAAAAUGAGUGUACAGAAUCUGGCUACAGUCUUUGGGCCAAAUAUUUUAAGGCCAAAGAUUGAGGACCCAGUGACUAUAAUGGAAGGCACAGUACUGGUCCAGCAAUUGAUGGCUGUUCUGAUUGGCAGCCAUGAUGUUCUUUUCCCACCCGAUGAGGACCAUACUAGCACUCUGGAACUGGUUAAUAAUAACAAUAAUGAGACGCAGAAACGGCCUAUGAAUGGUCAGAUUCAAAACAAAGAGAACAAUAACACUAGUGGGGUGCGACAGUGCACUUGGGACACGCCAGAAUCACCCAGCCGGGCUCCUCUGGACAAUGGCUCUCCUCGUCCGGGCAGCCCACGUAAUGGUUUUACGGGACAGCGAUUCGAGGUGGCCCGCAGUCCGCCGCUUUCUGUGAAAAAGAACCCGGCGUUUAGCAAAGGGAGCGGGAUUGUCACCAAUGGAUCGUUCAGUUCAUCCUCAUCGUCCUCAGGUGACGCCAAUCAGGAGAAAAUUCAGACUCUACCGAACAUGGGAACUCUUCAUGCCCGUCGGACAGGUGCGAUAAAAGGCUCAGGCACCAAAAUGGGCAUCCAGAACGGCGUCGUUCGGAUGGGCGUAUCCAGCACGGAGGUGACGAAUGGGACUCUAAAUGGACGGAAUGGACUCUGGGUGCCCAACGGUCACGUCAUGAUGCGCGAGGCUAAAAGUCGAGACGCCGAGCACCAGCAGAACCGCCUGUCCACAUACGACAACGUCCACAUCCAUCAGCAGACGACGACGCAGCCCAGUCUGAGCAGCAGCUGUGAGGACAAACAGAGCGUGGAUAGCGCCACGUGGUCCACCUCGUCUUGCGAGAUCUCUCUACCAGAAAACUCCACUUCUUGCCGCUCCUCCACGACCACGUGCCCAGAGCAGGACUUCUUUGGCAGCAACUUUGAAGAUCCUUUGUUGGACGGGCCAGUGCAGGAGGACAACGGACUGGCAGUGGACGAUAGGGAGCAGCGGACCAGUAACGGAGGAGGCCGGGGAAGCAGAGGAACCAGCAGCAGCGAUAACAGCGAAACGUUUGCCAUCACAAAUGGACCGACCAAUCACAGUGCACUGCACAGCCUGGUGGCCAGUCUCAAACAGGAAAUGCUCAAGCAGAAGAACGAAUACGAGGCCAGGAUCAAGAGUCUGGAAUUACGGAAUCUAGAGUUGGAGACUGUGAUGGCAAAUUUACAUGAAGAGCUGGACCAGGAGAAGAAGAAAUACACCAUGGUGGAGAUCAAGCUGAGGAACGCAGAGCGAGCCAAGGACGAUGCAGAAAAGAGAAACGAGAUGUUGCAGAAAGAGAUGGAGCAGUUCUUUUCCACCUUCGGAGACCUGACCGCAGACCCGCGACGGCCCGACAGAGCCAACACCAUCUGGAUCCAGUGAGUCGUUAACGGUCUACCAUUAACUUUACAUUGUGUGGGCUUGUGUUCAGACAGAACGGGACUACAUCAACCUUCACGGCAUCUUUGCACGUUUGGUGAGUGAAGCCCAUUGAGCCAAAUUUUUAGAACUGAACGUGGACCAGUUGUUGGAUUGAACCAGUUGGAUUCAUGAAGAGGGAUGAUGGGACGAUGCAGCUUGGAUAUUAAAAUGAAAGAUGAUUUUCAAACCAAAAGAAGGCAAUUCUGACCUGAGAGCGAAUGAUAAGAGGAACUCUUGACAGUUGUGCUUGAAUGUGAGAGAAUGAAUCAAUUACAUGAAUGAACAUUGAGUUUUAGAUGAUGGGAAACUCCUGAAGGACGACAGAAGCACGAAUGUCACUCCUAUUUCUUCUUGUGAUCCAACCAAAUGUGUCCUUGAGCUGUCGUGUAUCCUCUUGUGUAUAUAAAGGAGAAACAGCAUAAAAAAAAUUCCACAAUGAAAAACAAAUGUCUGUAUAAAUGCAAAUUAAUGUUUAAUGUACGUACUGAUAUUUAAACAGAGAAUUCUCAAUGUGUUACAUAUAAAUUUUAUAUCAAGGCUUUUCCUUGCACUUAAAGCAUAUGAAUUGCUAUGUUGUUUUUCAGUAUGGUACGUUAUGAAAUGUGGCAAAUAUUUUAAUGUCAGUCUUCCCUGUUGCUUUUUUGUAUAAUUUAUCACUGCAAAUAAAUCAUUUUCUUCAUCAGUAUUAAAAAUAAAACAUUUUAAGCAUAAAUCUAAAUCUAACAGUUUGGGGUGGGUUUUGCCAUAUAUAUAUAUAUAUAUAAUGGCUCAGAUCAAAUUUAAGGUGUUUUUAGUGGAGAAAAAUAUUGAUGAAGAAUCAGAUUUUUUUGCUGUGCCACAGCGUUCCCCACAUGACCAAAACCAAGUAGACCUGUAAAUACUUGUGAAAACACUGCAAACGCUCAGCCUGUCUUCGUUAUUUGUGCCUGUCGCACAUCAUUUGCUUGCAGCGGUGCUAGAUGGGAGGAAGUCUGUUCAAAUGAAGACCGAGAUGGGGUUUGUUCAUAUCUCGGACCAUGUGGGGUCAUUUGCCUUGUCGCAGCUGUCCAUGCUUCUACUGUAGCUUGAUGCAUUCAGUGAAAUGCAAUGAAAUUAAAUUAUGUGACCUCAUUUAAACUUGUCUUAAAUUGUGUUGU